CAUACAAAUCAUUCUGUCUGCUUGUCCAAAAUUAAUAGCUGUUUUAUUUUAGGCCGAAUAUAGAAAGUCUACACUUCCACUUCCACUUCACUAUGUUUCUCGAUUCCAAUGGGCAGCCCAUCGACGUGACACCCGAGAACCUGCAGGAUUAUUCCUAUGAUCUGCACGGCGUAAUGCUGCUAACUUCGUCGGACGUUGAGGCCUAUUUGCCGCCAAAAUGGCACGGCACCAUCUACGGCACCGAGGAAAUGCUCAUCAACUACCGCCAGAACUUCAAUCCGGAUCCAGCUCUGCUGAACUUUCACGCCCUGCAGGCCUACGAGCCGGAGCUGAUCUGCUGCAGGAAUGUUGUGAUCGAGCUGACGGUGCUGCCCGCGGGCCAGAGCCUGUACAGCGACUCGGAGAUUGCCGUAUUUAUGGUGAAGCUGGCCAAGUUCAUCACCAACACUGACGGCACCGAAACGCCCGAAACGAACACCAACACGCUGAUCAGCAAGGAGAUCGGCACCGAGCUGAGCUUCUUUCCCCACAACCACCACUACCACCUGCGCAUCAUGAGCGAGGGCAUCGAUGUGGUCUAUGUGGACGACAAGAUCUACCAGAAUGGCGCCCCGGGCGUCAGCUAUCAGCAUCAGCGUGUCUGCAAUCUGCUGAGCAAUCUGCAGCCCCGCUGCGUGAAGAGCCUCUCGGGCCGCCCACUGCCGCCAGUCCUCAACAGCGUGUGCCGCGACCCCAACGUAUUGUCGAUCUAGAAACAUAGUUGCACAAAAAUACAUACACACACACACAGAUAUAUGUACAUUGACUGGUUUAUAAAUUUGAAGACUGUUGAAGCA